AUGAAGUUUGCUAUUCUUUUCUUCCUCUCUGCAUUUCUCCCAUUAAUUCUUUGUGAAUUCAACCAAACUUGGCAUUAUUCUGUCUGUAAGUGGGCCUCAUCCAAUUAAUGGGACGCCGUGUUUAGUCAGUAGUGAGCCACUGUUUUAUCGCAUCAAAAUCGGGAACGACAACAGAUAUGUAAAUGUGCAUGUAGACACGAACAGAUUUUACAGUCUGGUAUUCGGUCCAGAAUGUUUUACUCAAGACUCUAAAUGUAGACCUUACAGCUCGGACUUUGUCUACAGCACGUAGUAAGUUAUAUACUAUUAAGCCACCAGUUUCACAGAUGCACUCAAAUAUCAUACAUACUCCUAGUCUCCUCUAACACUAUCCAUUGCAGUAACACCGGGGGAGUGAGAGUGCGUCCGGAUACAACUUACAUCGACAAAUUCAAUGAUCUUGCGAAAUAUGAAUUUGAAUUGUAUCAGGAUUCGAUUACCCUGGGACUGCAGACCUUCGUACUUGAAUUGGGUGUCAUCAUUGACGCUUACUUCCCUUCAGCUGUCCGUUAUAGUGGCUUCCUUGGUUUGGGUAUCAGCGAGGAUAAAACAAGCAUUGUUAAGCAGUUAAUGCAGGAUUUGACCUAUCCUCAGAUCACCUUCCAAGAGGCUAGAAGAUAUGUGAGCAAGGUAGGUUUUGUGCGACUAUUCUGAUUGAGACGAUGAUAGAAAAACGAGAGUAUGGAUGUAAAUGGAUAUGGCUCCAUUGUCUUUGGAGAGUACGAUGAGGAGUACUGUGGAAACUUCACAUUCAUCGAGACUAUCGCUAAUAAUAAGUGGAGGUUCAAGAAAGAGUAGGUUCUUGGAGUCAUUAUAAAGACUACCGGAAGCAUACUAAAUUAAUUUGCUCUACAAGUCUAAGUCGCAAACAAAGGUCAAUUUUUUUCAGCAUAACAACAUCAAACGGCACCGUCCUCAAGGACCAAGUGAUUGCAUUGGCUGUUGGCCAAGACUCUCAAAUCCCACAAGAAAUCUACGACGACGAGAUCCUAACAAAAGAGCAUGCAGACCCCAAUGAUUUCCCCAGUUUUAGUUUCACUCACGACGGGAAAGAGUACAACCUGAAUGCUUCGGAUUAUGCGUGGUACAGAGAAGAUGUAAGCCUUUAAAAAAUGUCUUUUCGGCAGUUAUAUCUUAACUGUAAUUUACGAUUCUUUGUUCAUUUUUCAGCGUGGCCUUUACAGCGCGCAUAUCAGUUCCGCCAAGCCCACUUAUGGAUACGACUUUGCCUUGGGAAGCGACUUCCUUCAACAUUAUUGUGUUGCGUUGCGAUCCGACAGUAAUUUCACGAAACUUGAAAUCGGAUUUGCCGAGAAUUUCGGCCGAAAUUCCGGAAUGCGCUACGCCGCAUCCACAAGUUUGCUCCUUGUUCUUUUCGCUCUUUAUCUUCGGUGA